CCCGCCGGCCGCUCGGCUCUCCCGGAGGCGCGCCCGAGCCGCCGCCAACAUGGCCGAGACGAGCGAGGAGGUGGCGGUGUUGGUGCAGCGGGUGGUGAAGGACAUCACCAACGCCUUCAGGAGGAACCCGCACAUAGAUGAAAUUGGCCUGAUCCCAUGUCCUGAAGCACGGUAUAACCGGAGUCCUAUAGUCCUGGUUGAAAACAAACUUGGUGUGGAGAGCUGGUGUGUCAAGUUCCUUUUGCCCUAUGUACACAACAAGCUCCUUUUGUACAGAACAAGAAAGCAGUGGCUGAACAAAGAUGAAUUGCUAGAUGUCACAUGCACCCUGCUGCUUCUAAACCCAGACUUUACCACUGCAUGGAAUGUGAGAAAAGAACUGAUCCUCUCGGGCACUUUAAAUCCAAUUAAGGAUUUACAUCUGGGAAAAUUGGCCUUAACUAAGUUUCCAAAGAGUCCAGAAACAUGGAUUCACAGGCGGUGGGUGCUACAACAGGUAAUUCAGGAAACUUCCUUGCCUUCCUUUGUGACCAAAGGAAUCUUGGGAACAACUCCUGCCGAAAGGACCCAGCGACUAAUACGAGAAGAGAUGGAAGUGUGUGGUGAAGCAGCAGGGAGAUAUCCAAGCAACUAUAAUGCCUGGUCCCAUCGUAUCUGGGUUUUACAAAACCUGGCCAAGCUAGAUGUCAAGAUUCUUCUUGAUGAACUCUCUUCUACUAAACAUUGGGCGUCUAUGCAUGUUUCAGACCACAGUGGAUUUCACUACCGCCAGUUUUUGUUAAAGUCUUUGAUUAGCCAAACUGUGAAUGACAGUUCUGCAUUGGAGCAAAACCCUUUGAGAAGUGAGUCAGCCCCAGUUCUUCCCAAAGAUGAAGCAGCAGCAGCUUCAACAGAGGAACCCAGGAUAAAUCUUCCCCAUCUUCUAGAAGAAGAAGUUGAAUUCAGCACUGAUCUUAUUGAUUCUUACCCAGGACAUGAAACUCUUUGGUGUCAUAGACGGCAUGUAUUCUACCUUCAACAUCAUUUAAGUGGUAGAAUGGCUCACAAGAUCCAGCUGCCAUCUGCAGACAGCCCUGGGGGGACUGUGAGUGACUUGCACAUCAUCCCAGCAGGCCCCCAGCUGUCUCAGGCAAUGGAAGUGGAUGGACUGAAUGACUCUAGCAAGCAAGGCUAUUCCCAGGAAACCAAACGCCUGAAGCGGACCCCAGCCUCAGACUCCCUAGGCCUAGAAAUGGAACACAGGUUCAUUGAUCAAGUAUUGUCCACUUGCCGAAAUGUAGAACAAGCAAGAUAUGCCAAUGCAUACAGGAAAUGGCUGGUUACUUUGAGUCAGUGAAAGGUGGGUUAGUCAGUCCUUCACAAUUCCUUUUUUAGUGCAAUAUUGCUUUCCUUAUUUACAUAGUUGCAUGAACUGUUUGCUGAUGUUGGCUAACUAUAUGUUUUUCAUCUCAAGCUGAAAGUCCAUAGUAAAUUUUUCAUUUUAUUUAUUUUGUUAAGAACUGGCAUUCCUUUGGGGAUAAAAUAAUUGUAUCAUUUCUUCCUGCUAAAGAUUAGUGACUUAAAUUUUUAAUUUUUGACUUUUCUUUAUAUUUUUAAACACGGGGCUUCUUACUUGGUUCCUCUAAUUGGUUCAACACACACAUCCACCCAUCUCAGGGCAGUUGCCACAUAGGCAGAUGUUUUUAGUAAUUAAAAAUUUAUGUUUCGAAGCUGAAGAACAUUAAUACAAAUGCAGAGUAACUUGAUCUAAUUGUUAUUUGGAAAAUCAAAGGCUGGAUGGAUGGAUAUGUGAAACUAUAAACCAGUUCUCUUUCUCUAGUAUGUUCCACUUGUUUUAGACUAAGAUAACCAAAGACAGGAAUAUUGGAAUUUAUAUGAAAAUAUGCUUCCAUGUAAUAUCCAUUUUAAAAUGGUUAUUUUUUAAAAAAAACUAAUUUAAGAGUUUCUGUAAUUGCAGUAUUAGAAAAAAUUAGUUUUAGUACAAGUUUUGAUAGUUUUCAUCUCAUAUUUGGUAUAUGCCAAAACAGUCAUCAACCCUCAUAAAAUAAUUUUUUCCUAAAAGCCUAGAAUGCCAUUUUUAGUUAUUUUAGUUGUAACAUUUUCCUAUAUAAAUUUACUCAUAAAAAAUUGGAGAAAUGAACAUAGGUAUUCAUAAAAAUGUUCCUUUUAAAUAUUGAAGUUAGGAUACACUGGAUGAAUUAUAAAGCUUUUGUGAUGUGACUGUUAAAAGGUUACUAGAGAAGAGUUUUGCAGAUUAGUUCUUCAAUCUUUAUUUUAAAAAUGAGAUAAAACACUUUGAGACUGAACUUAUCAGGGAUGUGGUACCAAAGUAUCCAUGUUAACAGCUGUCUCUGAUCUGUUUAAUAACAAGGGCUGAGUUUUUCAGGUCAGUGACUUGCUGGGGUGGGGAAGGUUCAGGUAAAGUCUGCCUUCUUGUUUUCCCCUCCAUGAUUGGUCUUUCCUUAUUCUUUCUACACACCUUAUUUUUCCAACCCAUUCCGUAUUUUUUUGUCGCUUUCAGUUUUUUUUUUUUUUUUUUUUUUUACCAUCUUAUUUCAAGGAUGCCUACCAAAGUGAUCUCCUUUAUUUGUGGUGAAUUUAAUACCAUAUCGAAGACACAUGCAAAUACAUGAAACAGGACCACCCCUCUAGAAAGUUCCUCUAGGGAUUUGGAAGCUGUGUCUUUUUGUAUGUAUUUACAGGAUAUGAGUUAUGGUGCCAGAGUGAGUGUGAGCACCAUGCUGUCCCUGUAUUCCUUUGUACUUGCUUGACAGUCCGUAGAGUAGAGAGAAAGGUAUAGGGCAAGGCACUAAAGGAAGCCGGCACUGCAGGUAGCUGCAUUGUCUUAAGGGAAAGAAAGCAAUCGUUAACUUCGGUGUCAUGACUUUGUUGAGUGGUAGACUGUUGAACUGGGUGAGACACUAAAGAACACUAGAAACAUUCUCUAGCCUGCUUCCAGUAGGCAGAAGUUGUCCUCUUUUGGGGCACAAUUACACUUUGGUGGCUUUUAUAGUAUUUAGGUGAGAACUGAAUUGCCAUUAUGAAUAUAAUUCCAUGGCUCUUUGUAUACAAAGUAUAUUUUUAAUCAAAUACCUCACGGUCUUCAUAGACCUCUGACUGAAACCAUUAGAUUUAUUAUUUUCAGCUCUUGUGAGGAUUAAGGGAAGGAGAACCACACAGAAGACAUGGGAGGUUUAACCCAUUCCACUAAAAUGUGUUGCCAAAUUUUGGCCUCACUCAGUAUUGCCUUUUUUCUAAGCGUCAUUUUGGGUAUUCCGGAUAAUAGGGCUUCUUAUGCUUUCAUGUGAGAAAGUGUCAAGACACUAGUUUAGACAAUUCCUGGUAAAGCAUUAACUAAGUUUCUAUAGUCCUCCAAGCCUUUUUAUACCUUCCACUCAUCUUAAUUGGCUUAAGGCUCAUAACCCACUCCUUUCUAAAGCCAUAGAGUCCUUUACUAUAUUUUUAUCUCUUGUCUUCCUAAGAAAGUUUUAGGUAGGGAGUAAAAAUACAAGUAUCCAAAGGAUACUGUUAGUAUGUGAUUUUAAUAUGCUACUUUAUUUCUCAAAUUUGCAUUUUCAACUGGUCAUUCACACAGAAAAAGUUAGCAUUGCCCUUUCUGGUUGUAUUUUUUCCUGAGUAGUCUGUACUUAAACUAUCUCUUUGAAUCAGAGUACAUGUAAUAUAAUAGACAUGUCUAUUUUCAGUGACAUGUUAAUCUUAUUUUCCUAUGAAUUUCUAAUUAUUAAAAGGAAAAGUUGGGUUUCGAUUGACAUACAUUUUAUCAAACUUUCACUGGAAGAGUAGCAAGUCAGUGUACCAUCCUGUGAAUCAAGAUGACUACCAACAAGCAAAGAGCAAUAAGAUCUGUAACUGUUUGUACCAUCAGCCUCACCCUACCAUUUUUUAGAAUACCUAUUUGAGUAAGAGGGUGUUUCCAGAUUCUAAUGUUAUCCUUCACAUUGUGAAUACUCAUUAAAUAUUUAUUAAGUUAAUGAAUGAUUAAAGAAGGUAAAGAUGGGUUAUGAGUGAUAGAAAGAAUGAAUGAUUAUUGAGAAACUGGUAGAUUAGUCCAGUGCAUUGUGAAUGAAUUAUGCUUUCCAGCUUCAUAAUACCUAGAAAGUGCCAUGUAUAUAGAGUAAGUCAAUUUAGGUUUUUUCCUUUAUUUCAUCACCUUAUUUAAAUUUGUUAAGUCCUAAUCAAGGAAUGUAAUUCUAAUCAUUAGUGAACUGUAAAAAACUCACAUAGCUAAUGUAAGUCAUUUGUAUUAAGAACACUACUUUUUUUUCAUUUAAGGAAUUGGAAGACAGAUCUUGCAUACAGUGCCCAAGCCAUUUUUGGGCAUCUGAGAAAAUUCUUUGAUUUCAAUGGCUUGUUGGUCUGUAUUUGCAUGGAUAGCCAUUUUAUGUAUCUCCUUAUUCCCCCCACUUUGAUCUGUGGACAUUUUAGGUAUUUCUUAAACUUGGAUGAGUCUUUUUUUGAGUUCAAGGAUUUGAUGCAGAUUACUGUCCCCUGUUAAAAACUUGAGGCCUAGACUUUCAAUUAGUUUUUAUUUGUAAGGUACGGUUCUAAUUUAGACUUCAUUAAUUAUUAAUGAGAUUAAAUGUAUGCGGAUUGUCACCAAAAGCCACUGAAAUCUUUAGGUAAGGGCUUUAUGUGACCAAGAUGUGGAAACGGAAGUUUUUGGAUUUUUAUGCAGCAGUUUGUAGGAAAGUUUAUGUGUUAGACUGUGUGUCAUUUGGAUAUGGUCAAGUUAUACCAGUCUGUGCUUGUUGAGUCACACUAUAUUUGUGUUUGUGUGUGUGUAAGUGUAAAGAGAACCUUUAAUAGUGUUAUGAAAACAUAGUAUAAUAAUUUUUUCUUAUGUAGCAUAAGAUGGUAUCUCAUAUGGGCUGAAUACAAUUUAUGAAUGCAGCUACCACUUGCUAUACAGCAAUGCAGUCGCGAUUUUAGCUCUGUUGAACUGUAAAAGAUGCUAAAAAAUUUCACUGUAAAAGGAACUGAUGUAUUUUAUUUUCACAGAAAGUUGAUUUAAUUUUAUUAUUUUGUUACUAGAAAAGUUAUAUUUUAAAAAUUCAUGCUAUUUAAAGUAUGCUAUAGAUUUGAACCCCAUUGUAACAACUGAAUCUUUUGUCUUCUGAAUCUAUUUCUCAAACAGAACUGUGCAGCCCUGACACUCAAUGUGCUGCAGUCUCUCCCCAGCUAGGAUGCUCUUGUUUAAGGGAGAAGUGUGUAAAGGCACUGGCAUGUUCAGUGUCAUGAACAUAGUGAGCAAGAACUGUAAACCCACAAGUUCUACUUACUGUCACACAGUGUCUUUUGAAAAAUAACUCUGCAGAACUGCAUUAAUUCGAGUGCCUUCUUACUUUCUUGGGGAGCAAGAUUACACAUAACUCUAAUGUGUAGAUAGAAAACGGAAUGGAAGUUUUACACAGAAUUGAUUAUGACAUAUUUGAUUUAUUCUCAUUGCUAGGCAUGGUCCUAUGGGAUAUUUUACUCGUCAGUGAGAUACUGCUAGAAGCGGAUAGGAUGCCUUGAUUUGUAUUAAAGUAAUUAUCAGUUUUAAGCAUCCUACCAAGAAUUAGUUGUUUGUGACAGCUUAUGUUUUGGAGGUUGUAGGCAUCACAUUUAUGGGAGAUGUGUGCACAAUUCAAGACAGCCUAUAACUUGUGCAACCUAUGGUCAAGCAGAAACAAUGGCACUGCUUCUGAAAUAAAGGCCAUUUUUUUUGUCCUCAGAGAAUCCUUUGCCUUACUUGAAGUACCUUCCUCCCCUCCCCACUUCAGGCCUAAUAUAAGAUCAUUGAAAGGAGGAGAAGUGGACUUGCUGUCUUUCAAAUAUUGGAGAAAAAUAAGUAAAUACUAAGAUGAAAUUGAAAAAUUUUUUUCAUUUAUUUGUGUAUAAAAGGGAAAGGAUAGGAAUUGCGUAUUUCAAAAUAGCAAAUAAUUAUUUGUUGUAAUUUCCCAAAAAUCAUUGAGAUUCCAAAGUGCUUUACUGAGAACUCUUGAAUAAUAUAUUCCUAAAGGACAGCAUCAUGCCGUGCUCAUGAUUGUGACAGGACCAGUGUGUCCGCUGUGGAUCUGGGCUAGGAGGGGACCUCAGGCUCCCAACUCAGACUUCUCUACUCUCACCAGGACACGUUAACAGUAAAACCAAACUCUUGGCUAAGAAAUAAAAAUACUAGGACAGUAGCCUAGUCUGCUGGUAAAACCUUGUGCUUCCAAGAAUAUUUGCUACAUAUAGUUUGUGCUUUCUGGUCAAUAAUACAGUCCACAAAGCUAACCCUGACAUUUCUUUUAUUAGUCUGUUAUUCCUCAGGGUAUAGAAGAUUUAGUAAAUAUAGGGCAAAAUUUUAUAUUCAGUGGCAGAAAAGGCAAAAAUAUGCUAAAUAUAGUAGUAGUUCUUAAAAUUUUAGAAUAGAUAGUAUUUUUUAUAAACCAGUGCUGUGCAGUAGCUCAUAGAUGCUCUGUGACUGCCUCCUUCAUCUCCCAGUUUGGGUCCCUGUGGCUCUAUUCUGAACAUUCUAUGUUUGUCUUCUACAGGAAUGGUUUCUAUACUAUUGUAUUUCCAUGUUUGGCAGAGAUGGCAGUGAUUGCAUUUUGUUUUGGUUGACAUCAUUAUCAGUUUUUGAAAUUGCUAUUGAAGAGAACAGCUACCGUUGUUUUUCAGAUUACAACAGUUUUUUUUCCUAGCCCUUUUUCCCUGAGGAUGUUUUAUAGAAACAUUCCAUACAUGUUCAGCACAUUGAGUAAUAUGUUACACAUUAUAGAAGUUCAGCAAGUCAGAUUUGAUAAGUGCUGGAAAGGUAAAACCAGCUUAUCCCUGUCUUAUCAUCAUGUCCACAUUCUUAGCUUUGGAGGAAACACCAUUUUUCAUAAAGUAUGUAAUCAGGCUCCAAUGCACAGGGCAAAGCUCUGAGUCUAAUUGUACAACAUUGCAAGUGAAAUUUGAUGCUUUUAAGGUGUAUGUAUGUUUCUGUGCAUGCCUGCUUAUAUAUUUGUGUGUAUACAUGUUUAAAUGAUUUGGAGAUUGAAUUUAUAUGGUGAUUUUACAAAGAAUUUUAUCCAAAUGAUUUUUAUUUUCCAGUUUGCAUAAAUGUGUUCGUAACUGUCUUAAGACAGUUUUCUUUAUUACACCAACACCCUCCAGCAAAGUUGGGAACCUUACUCAAGAGCCCAUUUGCCUGAAUUAGCCAGAUGUCUGUGCAAAUUGUUUAUAUUAAGUCUCUGGUGGUUUAUAAACUGUGACAUGGCUUCUAUUCCAUAUCUUCAGGGCAUUAGCCUUAAUUUUAUAUAUGGCAGUCACUUUCUUCAGAGUACUAUAUAGCAUACUUCAGAUUGUUUAAAAGGUAAGGGAUGGUAUAUUUGAAAGUUUUUUAAGUCAUAGGAGCUGUAAAAUUUCACGUCUAAAUGUUGACAAAAACAGCAUUCUAUUAGAAAUGCUGGUAUAUUGUCCUCUGUCACAGAUGUCACUUUGAAUUUGGAGCAAGUAUCUUUUAUUGGUUAAAGCAUGGGUGUAGACAAGUACAACCAUAGCAGGUGUCUAAUGAAUACUUAGUUGAUUAUUGAUCUGACUCCAAACUAAGUGAACUUUCAGAAAGGAUAGUUUGCCAUCCUUUCAAAGAAGAGUAUGUUUGUAAAGUAAUAUAUCUGUGAAAUUGAAAAAUUAUAUAAUUUGACAUGAAUUAGUAGGCUCAAUUUGGUUAUAGUUAGUAAUGUAAUGAAAAUAUUGUUUAUGUAAAACAUGAUCUGAAGAGAUGUGAAAAGUUCCUUCUUGUGCAGGAACAUUAAUAAAUGUGAUUAAAUGUCUUAAAAAGUAGGCGGCUUACCUUGAGAGAGAGCUACUGUAGCCUUCUAUUACUAGUUUCCAUUACUGGCAUCUCCAGUGCUAUCUGAUCUUAGAUUUUUUAAAAAAUUUCUUCUUAAAUCCUAGUUGCUUUAUAGUGUCUUAAAAAUGGUGUGGUAAAAUAAUUAAGUUCCGUUAAGUAGCUUUUACUUGUUUUCUCAGAACAUUUUUGAUAUGAGGAGUAAGUUUUUAUGAAUGAUGCAGUAGUUUCAGCUUCUGUUAAUUUGUAGCUUUCAGAGCAUUUUUCAUACAGUUUACCUUUGUGAGAAGAGUAAAAAGCUUAAAGAAACCAUGCAGAAACAUUCCUACCUGAGGAAGAGAGUGUGUAUCCAAGGGCAAUGAGGCACUGCCUCCUGGUGAGGUUUUUGAUGCAUGACGACAGGGACUGAGGCGACCACUGUCAGUGCUAUGUUCUGGUGUGUGCUCUAGGAGCAUAACAGAAUGUGUCUUUGAUUAUUUAUUGUUUUAAAUUGGGAAAUAUAGAAGAUGAGUUAUUGCAAAGCAUGCCAAAUAUUUAAUCACUGUACUACAAAAACUAAGAAAAGGAAGAGAAGGAGAAAAACUAAAAGGUCAGUACUCCUUUUUUAAUAGCUGCUAUGUUUGGGAAUUUUUGGUUUCUCUCUUUUUUUUUUUGAAACCUAAGUUUCUGGAUACUAGUUAGUUGCUGAGUUUAACUCAGAGGGACUUUAAGGGAGAGGUUUUAAUUUAAGGGAAAGUUCUUAGAUAUAAUAUUCUGCUUUUAGAAUUCACCUCAUUGGAGUAUUUCAGGAAGUUUCAGUCAAUCCAUGUUGUAAGAUUUUCCUGCAAUUUAUGCUCAAAUGGACAAGUUACAUAUGUGAUGUGUGGUACAAAGUCAGAUCUUGGGCAUUCAAGAUAAGUUUGCACUGCUAUGUUUCUUAAUCUACUUGCCACUAGUAUCGCAGUCUGUGCUGACAUUUCUUUAACUCUCACUGUGUAUGAAUUGACCUGUCUUUAAAGGUCUAAAUAGUUUUGAAUUCCUUUUAUAUCUAAAAUGUAUGCUAUACAGAAGGAUAAGGUAAAUUUUACAGUGAAGUCUGUGUAGCAUAUGCUUGUGGUAUUCUGUAAGUAUCCCCGAGUGCUUAAAUUAUGAUGCUAAAUUGUAAGGCUAAUGUAAUGACUGUAGAUCAUCUUUAUCUGCACCGUUCAUUCAAUAGAAAUAUGAUGUAAGCCACAAAGUAAUUUUUAAUUUUCCAGUAGCAACAUAUAAUAGGUAUAAAUUAACUUUAAUAAUAUAUUUUGUGUAAAAUAUUAUCAUUUCAACAUGUAAUCAAAUGUGAAAACUACUAGUGAGAUAUCUUGGCUACUUCUUUCCCCACAUUUAGUCUUCAGAGUUCAGUGUGUAUUUUGCAAUCACAGCACAUCUGAGUUCUGACCGUCUGCAUUUCAAAUGCUCAAGCUGCAUAUAGCUAAGAGCUACUUAUUGGACAGUGCAGAUUCAUAGGCUACAAGGUAGGACUUUCAGGUCAGAGACAAUGAAGUAGGCAGGAAAUUAUGGUACUUUGAAAAUUAUUAAGAAUAAUUUAAAAAGCAUCUAAUAGAAUUAUCCACUUAUUUUUCUUCAUCUUCAUUUUAAAUUUCCUCUAGAAGUAGGAUCAACGUGUUCCAUUUUGCCAAGCACUAUUUCAGGAGGAAGAAAUUCCAUGCCAUAUAAAGUACCAUGAUAUGCUAAUUGUAACAACAUACUUUUCAGUUGUGUUCACUGAAUUCUGUCCUGUUUCUUUGAAAUAAUAGCUUAAAUUGCAUGGUAAUUGUAUAUCUGUACCUGUUUUGUUUUUAUAUUAUGAUUAUGUAUACUAACAAACAGCCCUAGAAUUCUAUUCUUCCUAUGCAGCUGUCUUCCAGUACUUACUGGUACUCUUAUUAAAUUGUGAUAAAUGACAGAAAAGUAGAAUGAACCAUUCUUUCUUCUGUUAGUUUUUAUUUUUAAUCAUAUAACCGUGUACCAAGCCAGCUAUAAAUUAUUGUAUUUCUGUAGAAUUUGGAAAAUAGUGUUUGUCUUAUCUUUACUAAAUGUUUGCAAUUUCUAAGUAAACGUUUCAUCUCCUAAAAUGUGUGCAACAUGUGAUGUUAUCUUUACAUGUAGUGGGGUUUCAAACUUAGUUUCAGUCUGCUAAGCUGGUUUAAUUGCAUUGAUGGUGGUAAGGAGGUGGAGGUCUGAACUGUUGCCUAGGUAAAACCAAUAAUUUGGUUACUUGCAUUUGUAGAAAGAAUUAAAAUGUUAUUGUGUCUGAGACAUAAAAGAAAUGUCAAAAACAAAUUAAUGAAAAUGCCACAAUUGUCUUUAAA